AUGGAUGAUGACAAAGAAUUGUUUAUAUCAUACGCAUCAAGGGAUGGAUUUGAUGCAAAUCAAAUGUUAGAAAAAGAGUAUUUCAUUUUUUAUCCAGAAAUAUUUUCAGUAUAUAAUACUUUACUUGAAUUAUAUUGUUAUUAUGGAUCUGUAAAUUGUUUUAAGUUUCUGAGAUCAAAAUACAAUUCGAAAAUGUAUUUAAGAGAUCUCGAACGUUCUUUCUUAGGUGGAAAUCCAGCAAUCAUUAAUGAAUGUUUGAAAUUUCUAAAACCAGAUCAAGAUUGCAUGGAGUAUGCAAUUAUCCUGCACAAUAUUGAUUUCAUUACUUAUUUGAAGAAUGAAUAUGAUCUAAAAAUUAAUUUAGAUAGUUGUUGUCAAUACAAUAAUUUACAAGCAUUAUUAAUAUAUUUAAAUGAAACACAAGAUAUCAAAAAAUGUUUUAUUUAUUCAUCAGGUUUUAAUAUUCCUUCCAUUUGUGAAUAUUUUCUGAAUCAUGGUGCUGAUGUUAAUGAAAAAGAAGAAAUUCACUCAAGAAUUCCUCUACACUUUGCAGCACAAUAUAAUUGCAAAGAGAUAGCAGAAAUCCUUAUUUCUCAUGGUUCAAAUAUAGAUGCACUUAGUUAUUAUAAUACGAUUACUCCUCUUUUUAAUGCAGUAGAAUUUAAUAGUUUGGAAACUGCUGAUUUGUUGCUUUCACAUGGGGCUGAUAUUGCAGAGUUUAAUAUUAAUGGUAUAGCUCCUUUUACUGCUGCAAUAGUAGAACGAAACAAAGAAAUGAUUGAAAUUUUCUUAUCGCAUUGUUCUGAUGUUAAUAUAAAAUUUUCUGGGAUAACUUUGCUUCAUUAUGCUGUUUUAUUUAAUAGCAAAGAAUUAGCAGAGUUAUUAAUAUCAAAAGGAGUCAAUGUCAAUAAAAAAGAUAAAGAUGGAAGAACAGCUCUAUAUUAUGCAGAAUCAACAGAACAAAACGAAUUAAUAGAACUUCUAAUGUCAAAUGGUGCUGAUGUCAGUUCAAAGGAUUGA